AAUAAUUUUCAAGUUUUAUUCACUUCAUGUAAUCGUAUGUAUACAUGAUUGGUGAAAUAUAUUCCGUAUCGGUUUACGAUACUGGCCGCUUUUUUACCUUAGCAUAGUUUGACAGUUUUGAACUGUUUUGCAGGAGUGGCUUGUAUUCGAAAUUGCCAACUCGCUUAUAUCGUUGUUUCAUAUCCCUGAACGUAAUGUGUAGAAUCAUUUAUGAAGGGAUUGUCAUUAUCUUUUAGGAGAUAAAAAGAUAGUUCUCAGCGCGAAAAUUCCGAGGGAUCAUGGGUAGUUUCAAAGCAAUGAUAAUAAUGUCUCAACUUAUACAGUAUGUCGUGGUUCGUCAGGAUUUGAUAAAAACCAUGAGUUGGUCGGUCGGUGCUGUGAUUGCGCAAGCUUGUCACGCGUGUUCGGCCGUUACGCAUUUGUUUCACGAUGAUAUUCAUACGCGAGCUUACCUCGCCGAUUUAGACAACAUGCACAAGGUCGUUUUACAGGCUCCAGACGAGUCCAGUUUAACGGAUUUGAAAAAAUCUUUGGACGAAAACGACAUCAAGCACAAGCUUUGGAUAGAACAGCCGGAAAACAUCCCUACUUGUCUAGUUGUAAAGCCGUAUCCAAAAGAAGAGAUUCAAAUUUAUUUUAAGAAAUUCAAAUUGUUUAAGUAGCUCGAUGCAAUAAAAUAAUUUCUUUUCACUCACA